AUGCAGGCCGUUCACAGAUCCGCCGCUCGCUCGGCCCUCCGCCAGGUCUCGAGCCGCUCAUACAGCUCCUCGUCGUCCCCCUACUCCAAGACGGUCGAGAACCUGCGCAUCAACGCCGACACCAAGGUCCUCUUCCAGGGCUUCACCGGCAAGCAGGGAACGUACGUGCCAUUCCGCAUUCCAUUGGGGCGUGACAGCAGCGGAACGGCAUUGCCUAAUGCGCGCUUCCCCCCACGGCUCCCCCGGAACGAAACGCUAACGUGCCCUUGCACCAAGGUUGUUGGUGGCACCAACCCCAAAAAGGCCGGCCAGACUCACCUCGACCUCCCCGUCUUCAAGAACGUCUCCGAGGGUGUAAAGGCGACUGGCGCCACUGCCACUGCCCUCUUUGUUCCCCCCCCUCUGGCCGCCGCCGGUAUCGAGGAGGCUCUCCUGGCCGAGAUUCCUCUGGCCGUCUGCAUCACCGAGGACAUGGUCCGCAUCACCGACAUGCUCAAGACGCAGAGCAAGACGCGCCUCGUCGGCCCCAACUGCCCCGGCAUCAUCGCUCCCGGCCAGUGCAAGAUUGGCAUCAUGCCCGGCUUCAUCCACAAGCGCGGCCGCAUCGGAAUCGUCUCGCGCUCCGGUACGCUCACGUACGAGGCCGUCAACCAGACCACGCAGGCCGGUCUCGGCCAGUCGCUCGUCAUCGGCAUCGGCGGUGACCCUUUCUCCGGCACCAACUUUAUCGACUGCCUCGAGGUCUUCCUCAAGGACGAGAGCACCGACGGCAUCAUCAUGAUUGGUGAAAUCGGUGGCUCCGCCGAGGAGGACGCGGCCGAGUUCCUCAAGCAGUACAACACGGUCAACGGCGGCAAGCCCGUCGUCUCCUUCAUCGCCGGCAUCUCCGCCCCGCCCGGCCGCCGCAUGGGUCACGCCGGUGCCAUUGUCUCGGGCGGCAAGGGCGGCGCCGACUCCAAGAUUGCCGCCCUCGAGGGCGCCGGUGUCAUUGUCGAGCGCUCCCCCGCCGGUCUCGGCAAGGCUCUCUAUGACGAGUUUGUUCGCCGCGAUCUUUUGUAA